GUUAUCCUUUUAGCACAUUUUUCUUUUUCCAGCUGGGCUUGUGGGGGGGAGGUUAUUAUUAUUUUUUUUUUCCGGUAGCACUCCCAGGUUUGCUGUCCACCGAGGCAGCCUCUUAUCGCGGGGCCUUUGCAAACAGAUCUCUGCUAUGUUCUCUUCUCCAGGACCCCCGCGGAUCUCGGCCUGGACCCUCGGGGAACAGGGGCACGUGGCAGGAAAGGCUGCGGUGAAGCCGGCCUGGGACUCUGAGCCGCCCGGGGUCACCUAGCACCGGCCCCCACCCCCCGAGCAUGAUGUCUUACAUCAAGCAGCCCCAUUACACCGUCAACGGGUUGACCCUGGCUGGGCCAGGCAUGGAUCUACUCCAUUCUGCCGUCGGAUACCCAACCACCCCUCGGAAACAACGCCGGGAGAGAACCACCUUCACGCGGGCGCAGCUGGACAUCCUGGAGGCGCUGUUCGCCAAGACCCGCUACCCCGACAUCUUCAUGCGGGAGGAGGUGGCGCUGAAGAUCAACCUGCCCGAGUCCCGGGUGCAGGUCUGGUUCAAAAACCCGCCGCUGGGCGCCCCCGGCGCGGCGCUCAGCCCCAUCGCCGCGCCCAGCAUGGGCAACCACCUCAGCCAGUCGCCGGCCUCGCUGUCCAGCCAGGGCUACGGCGCGGCCGGCCUGGGCUUCGGCCCCGUCGAUUGCCUCGACUACAAGGACCAGACGGGCUCGUGGAAGCUCAAUUUCAACGCCACGGACUGCUUGGAUUAUAAAGACCAAAGCUCCUGGAAGUUCCAGGUCUUGUGAAGCCGGGGUGGGGGGCGACACCCCAUCUCUACCCCCCGCCCCCUCGGCCCCGCUCCGUGCACGGCGUGCGAGCACGGGGCUUGGCGUGAGCCCCCCCCACCCUCCACCUUGCGUCUCCUGGACUCGGGGGAGCGGAGGAUGGGGGUGUCCCAUCCAGUAGCCCCCCGUUGAUGGCUCCCGGCCCCAUAGACUCGGGCUGAGACCCGUGGCAAUGUAAUGCCCCCCGCCCCAGCUUGGGGCAGGGCUCGGAUUCACCUGCAUCGAUGCCCCGGACGGAGGAAUCCGCGCCGGGUCCCGCUCUCCCACCCGCGACGUUGAGGGGAGCGGACCCCAGCACCCCCGUCCGGCACCCAUGGGACCGGGGCCACCAGACGCUCGGACACCUGGGCUCUCUUCCAGCUCCGGUCUUCUUGCCCCCUUUUGAUUUCCGAGCCAGGCCCAAAGGAUUUGGGCGCUUUUUUUUCUCCCCCUUAGGGUUCAAACACCAGGGUUUGGGGAGGCUCGUUUGCUUUUAGCGAUCUUUAUCGGGACCCCGAGCUCCGGAGGAGACGUGCAAACUUGCUGCACGGGUGCGGGGAGGUGGCAUGAAAUAGUCGGGGCAAGACGAGGCCGGCGGGACGCUCCCGGCUCCGGGAGUGGGGUUUCGGGGCCCUUUUUAGUCCUUCAAUCCCCCUUUCCAAGUCCUUCUCGACCGCCUCUUCACCACGUCCCCGCAGCCCAGGUUUGAGGGCUUUUCCCAGGGGGUGGAGAAACAAGGCAGGGGAAGGAGUAAUAAAUACAGGGCAAAGAAAGGUCCCAUCGGAGUAAGGAAUCUAAUAUAUAUAUAUUUUUCUCUGUGUGUGUGUGUGCGCGCCCAAAAAGUCCCCGCUUCGACCUACCAAGCCUGCUUGGUCCCUGGAGGUAGAGGCCGUCUUUAGUCUAGUUAUGUUCUAGGUAAAUUCAAAUGUUUCUUUCUUUUCUUUUCUUUUUUUGGCUCUAGCAGACAAUGGCGACGCUGGCGGUUUUUUGAUGACUUGAGCUAUUUAUUAUUGUUGUUAGGACGGGCAGUUUUGGC